UUUUAACAGAUUUAACUUUUAAUGAUAAUAAAUAAAGAAAACAAUACGUGGAAUUUAUGUUGUGCUCAUAAGUUUUAAUGUUUGGUGUUUACAGUUGCACGUUAUGGGAAGUUUCGCAAUUAGAAAGCAUAGAAAUUGACUCAGAAUUAGAUAUUUAUAUAGCAAAUAUAUUAUCAUUAGUUCUUUAGAAGAUUCCCUUACAGAAAACUGAAUAUGUCAAGAAGUUCUGAAGAGGUUACAUAUGAAGACUUAGAAGAGACAGAUGUAAUAAGUGUCGAACUUGUACCAGAGAGGAAAGGUUUAAUAUUGAAACACUGUGAAUAUUAUGUGAGUUCUCGAAGGCAUGGUACAACUGUUACAAGGCGCUAUAAUGAAUUUGUUCAGCUGUAUGAUGUGUUAGCAAUUAAAUAUCCUUAUAGAGCAAUUUGUGGCCUACCCCCUAAAAGGGUUGUAGUGGGAGGUGGCAGUCCAUUGUUUCUGCAAAGGCGUCGAGCUGCUUUGCAAAGGUGGUUGACCUUAGUUGCCCGACAUCCUGUGUUGGCCCAUGAUGCAGAUUUACGAAUGUUUUUAUGUGAAACCAAUCUUAAACUUGAUAAGCCAAAACACGAUGAAUUUAUAUUGGCGGGAACGCAAGAAGAUAAUCGGCACGAAAUGACGACAGAUGAAAUGCAAGAGGAAUUCGCGUGUGGUCAGGAACAGUUACGAUUGGUGCAGCUGGGUUUGAAGAGGCUUUGCAAGAUCUUUGAGAAAGCUGAAAGCCGUUGUGAAGCUGAACAAGUGGAUAUUCGUGAAUUGGGCGCUGGUUUGAGCGCAUUGUCUGUUACCUCUAAGGCCGAUACGCAGCGAUGGACCAGGGUCAGGGAAUCUAUGAAAGCGGCUGCUCAGCUGGUGUCAGACAUGGAUGAGACUUCCAUAUCCGACGAGGAAGCACAACAGCGUCUCCUAGUAGCUCUAGACGCGUUAACCGCAUACAAGGAGCUCUGUUCGCGGUUAACGCGAGGAUUGCACGGCGAGCGAGCAGCGGCCGCAGCCAGUGCGCCGCAUAGUGCCGCGUCGCAUACACUGCGGGAGCGGCAUAGAUACGCUAUGCGCUGUGCUGUGGAGGAGGCUCGUCUUUCCCGCGUAUACGCACUAUCCGCUCUCGAGGCUCUGCCCGCAUUGCUGCACACACUGGGCACUGCUCACGCACGCAUCGCCGCCUAUUGGGCUGACCUGCAUACCGCACUCAGGCAUGCCAAUAUUAAAUCUAACCACAGAUAAUACACCCCGGCUUAUAUUUUGUACCACAGAUCUUUAUAGGGUUUUGUACUACGACCAUAGAUUUAUAUAAAUCGCAGUUUUUUAAGCUGUGGAUAGUGUUAAGUAUAUCUGAGGGUUUAUUAGUCUGUAGAAAGUCGAAAACUACUUUUUAUGAAAAUGACAGUAUGUGUCGACAAUUCUUCAUACAAAUUUAGUUUUUGACUUUCUAUAUACAUUACUGUUAAGGCAUCUUCACUAAACCCCCUGGUUUCGUAAAUUACCGACCACGGCAGCAAAACUGUCUAAUCUUUCAGACCAUAGAUACAAAACUGAAAGCUGAAGUAGGUACUUUUAUAAUUACUUAUUUUUUUCAUAUACGUACACAAUUAUUACUAAAUUUAAACGAAAUUUUAAAUGUAGCUACUGAGUCGCUACGAAUAAGACAAUGUAAGACGUGUUACGAAACAAUUAUUUAUGACUUGUACCCGUAUUUCCCAACCUUUUUGUAACAUUCUUAAAAAUUAUGUAUGUACAUACAUAAUUUUUAAUAAGUAUAAAAAAUUUGAAUUGUUCACUUAAGAAACUUAAGGUAGGAAGAAAUUAUUAGCAAAUUGUUGACAAAACACAGUAAGUAAAUUUUAAAAACAUAAUGAAAAACUGAAAUUCAAAUUCCACAUAAAACAACACUCAAAUUACCCUGUGGGGCGUGGGUCCCACUUUGAGAAACACUGACUUAUACCAUCAUCUGACGUUUAAAUGUUGUUCUGUGAGUUACGAUUCGGGGCGGGGAUUAAUUAAGUUACCAACCACAAAUAAAUAGAUACCAAACACAUCUCUUAAUUUUAGAAACAGUAUUGACCUAUUCUUUGAAUUCAGCGUUGACGGGGUUUAAACAAAACUCAAAAUUUCAACAACCUCGAACUGACUUCUUGACAGACAAGAUGGCGGAGACAAGAUGUCAUUUAUGUCAUUAGUGUUUAUUAUGAAUAGUUUAGCUAUGAAAGUACAAAUAUUACUUGGAUCUAAUGAAAACUAAAUUGUGCCUUACCUUAUAUAAACAUUCCAAUUUAUAAGCUUUUAUAUUAUAUUAAUUGGUGCUAAAAAUAAGUAAUUUUAACUCAAGUUUGGUGGCACCUAAAAUUAUUGUAUUACAUAAUAAUAUUUGUACUGUAAAUAUUGUUAAUUUUAUUUAAUUUAAAUUAAUUAUAAACUAGUAUGACUCGAAUAUUAUGAAUCUUAAAAAGAUAUAGAUAAGGACUAGAUAUAUAUAUAUAUUAACUUUUUACAGUAUAUAACUUUAACAGCAGGAACAUGAUAGUUUCGUCAAAUACGAAAAAGUGUUUUUGACAGCUCGUAAGUAUUGGCGCCAAAUAGCGAUACGCUUCCUAAAUUCAUGCAAAAAUAAUUUACUUUUCUAUCGCGGUAACUAUUCGAGUUUAUGUAUUGUUUUUGGUAAGAUGAAAACUUAGAAAAAAAAACAAAAAAUGGCGCCUUUCGUUUGCUUGUCAUUUGUCAAUGAGAAAAAGCAAUAAUUUUUUCGUAAUAAUCACAACAUUGUUAGGUGUACGCUAUUUCCCUAGGGUUUUAAUAGGAACACAAUAAUUACGUGAAUUCAGAAGAAUUUCCUAGAUGGCUGACGCACAAACCGUGCAGGCCAAGAAAGGGGAAAA